AUGGACCAUGACCCAAGCCCCGCGCAGCGCUCCUCGCGCAAACACAUGCGCUCAGAUGAUGACGACAACUACGACUGGAGUUCGGAUGUGUCUGGCCAAUUCGACGACGCAGAAGAGGCUGACCAGGACGAGCACCGCUCGGGCUCGCUCACAGCAAACCUGGCUAAGCGCCGCAAAUCUAAUGAUUGGCCUUUGCCUGAUGAAGCUGCAGACUAUGGUUCCAGCGAUGGCGCAAAUGACCGCCGCGCCAACCGGAGUGAUAAUGGCAACUUGAGCGCCAGCAAUGCUGGACCUGGAUAUAAGGCUUCGCCGCGUGCUUCACCGCGUGCUUCACCGCGUGCUUCGCCUCGUGGAUCUUUGGCUUCGUUGCGUGCGAGACACGCUGCUGCUGCUGCUGCUUCUUCUUCUAGUCCCCGUCAUAAUCGGCGUGGUCGGACGUCUCGUUUUGUGGAGGCCACUAUGAGUGAUAGUGUCAGUGAGAAGCCGCCUAGUAUUUAUUUCCGUGAUCAGAAGCCUGCUGGGCCGAAUCGUUCGUCUGGUAUUUUCCGCUUUGGGAAGGCUAUUGCAUCGGCUUUCAAUCCAUUUGGUGGUUGGGGCAAGACUUCUGAGGACGCAAAUAAGUCGCCGCAGAAGGAUGUUAUCAAUCAGGCCGAGGCUGCUUAUGCUGAGUUGAAGAAGGCUGGUUACAAGGGUACCAAUAAGGGUUCUUAUACCCAGACUCAUGGUGUCGAUACUUCUCAUGCGGAUCAGACUUGGCAGGCUAUUCAGGAGACGAUGGAGAAUGGCUCGCCCGCCAAGGAUUCGCGUCGUCAUUCUGUUGACCGCCACGAUCGGGCUGUGCCUUCGCGUUCUGACUCUUCGGCUUCGAAACGCUCCUCUUUGCAAGAUCUGCGUAUGAAUUUCUUUAACAAGCCUCAUGAAUCACCUUCUGCUGCUCCUGCGGUCUACUGUGACAAGACCUCGGACGAGUCUGAGCCUACGGGUCUUCGCAAGCAACCCUCUCGUCGAGAACUGUCUCGCCAAGCAAAGCUGCUCAAGAAAGUCAGCAACCUCGAGGAGAAGCUGCUUCGUGCUCGGCGGGAGCUUCGUGAGUUGACUGGCAAUGAGGAGCGGACACCAGCCCCGACCCCACCCUCCAAGCCUGUCAACACUGAAAUUGAUCCUGCAUCAUUCCCACGGAAGUUCGUCCCUGGAGCUCUACCUACCCUUCCAUCGGAGAGACUUCUGGAUCAGCAAGCAGAAGCGUCUGGGUUCAAUGAGACCAGAGUGACAGUGACUGCCCUGCCACCUAUGGAAGACCGAGAAAGCUUCUCAUUCCAAGAGCCACGCCCAGCUCAAAGUCCGGCCGCGGCCAAAACUCCAAGACGCCGCUCGAAAGAGGCCCGGCCGUCGUCAAUGGGUAAGAACAGCUCUUCCCGUAAACGGAAGUCACCCAUUCCUGAAUCAGUCGAUAGUCGGAGCCCUUCUCAACCCAGUCAGACGGACUGCGGCGACGCCAAUCUCGAACCCGAAUACGAAUUCGACGAACUGAUCGACUUCGGUCUUCUCAGCCCCCCGAACAAAGCAAAAUGGCAAAAGUCCGAAGCAGGCGAAAGCCCAGGCUCAGCUAAGCGCAAGCAAGCCAUCGACAACGCCGCUCUCACUCCGAUCCCAGAAAUGGUCGAAAAAGAGAUCCCCAAAACCAUCAAAGAAAGCGGCGCAGACCGCAACCAAAUCAACAAAAGGUCUCCCUCUCUUCGAUCCCGAAGACUUUCCACGACUAGUCGCUCACCAAAGUUAAAGCCCUCAACCCCUCUCCGUAUGAGACCAAGCCAGCCAAUCCUGCGCUCAGAAUCCGCCACCUCAGAUCGGUCCAAUACUGAUAUCUGGUUCUCGCCUCUACCAACAACCCCAACAAACCAACCCGACUCCCACCGAUCCUUCUACCUCCAAUCCCACCGAACCCUAAAACCAGACCGUAGUCCACGCCCUUCUCCCUCCAAACCGCCCUCGGGAUAUCAGAGAGGCUACGGCUACGGUCUGACACGGAACGAGGACGUCCCUCCCGUCCCACCCCUCCCAAAGGAACUGCGCAUGAACGCUGCCAAAGUCACUAAGAACAAGACUGAAUCACCCACCAAGAGACCGGUCUCAUGCCCUGAGCGCCCUGCGGCCCUUCUCUCGCCUGAACCGGGCUCUGUUCGUCUUCUUGGUGGUUUGGAGGAUUAUCAGUGGCCUGAGGAUGUCUUUUGA